GUCAGCCCCUGCGGGUCUAGGCUCCGAGGCCCGCUAGAGGCCACAAGGCUGCUCUGGCGGGAAGGGCAGACAUGGGCGCUACCUGGCGGAGCCCGGGCUGGGUGCGGCUGGCGCUCUGCGUGGCGGGCGUCGCGGUCUCCCUCUACGCGCUGCAUGUGAAGGCGGAGCGAGCCCGCAACCCGGACUACCGCGCACUCUGCGACGUGGGCACCGCCAUCAGCUGUUCCCGCGUCUUCUCCUCCAGGUGGGGCCGCGGCUUCGGGCUGGUGGAGCAGGUCCUGGGCCAGGACAGCAUCCUCAAUCAAUCCAACAGCAUUUUCGGCUGCAUCUUCUACACUCUCCAGCUGUUGUUGGGCUGUCUCCGGAGUCGCUGGGCUUCCAUCCUGCUGGUCCUGAGCUCAUUGGCGUCGCUCGCAGGCUCCGUCUACCUGGCCUGGAUUCUGUUCUUCGUGCUCCAUGAUUUCUGCAUCGUCUGCAUCACCACCUAUGCCAUCAACGUGGGCCUGACUGUGCUCAGUUUCCGGGAGGUCCGGGCACCCCCAGGCAAGGCCAAAAGACACUGAGCCCUCAGCCCAGGUCAGGGUGAUCACCCCCGCCAGGCCGGGCCCACCUACCCUUUUCCAGACCCUGAGGGUAUGGUGAUGCCGCCAUCCUCCCAUAUAAGAUGGACCAAAACUGCCAGACGCUUCCUUCCGCCCUAGUGCCUCUGCCUCUGUCCCCCGGGGCCAUUGCCCAAGGAGGGAAGAAACUGAGCAAUAAAAUUCUUUACAUAAAUUG